UGAGAGACUUCGGUAAAAUUAUUGGUGAAUCUUUCUGGAUCGGACUGACGGACUCAGAGACAGAAGACAGAUGGUUGUGGGCAGAUGGAUCACCUCUGGAUGAAAGUUUGAAAUUUUGGUUUAGUGGAGAGCCCAACAAUAUGAGAAAUGACCAUCCUGAUGGAGAAGACUGUGUAGCUUUGAAAGUGAUAAAAACAGCUGCUGAUCCUAAAACCUGGAAUGAUUGUCCCUGCAAUAGUUUUGACAGAAUCAUCUGUGA